AUGGAAAUUGAAAAAUGUAAUUGUUAUUAUGAAAUAUUGAAUGUUGAAAUUAAUGCUACAAUUGAAGAAAUAAAAAAAAGUUAUAAAAAAAUUAUUUUACAAUAUCAUCCUGAUAAAAAUGCACAUUUAUCUGAAGAACAACAAAAAAAAUAUACAAAUAUUUUUCGAAAAAUUCAAGAAGCUUAUGAAUGUUUGACGGAUGAAAAACGAAGAAAAUGGUAUGAUAAAAAUCGUAAACGAAUUAUUGAAGGAAGAGAAGAUGAAGAAAAAAACGAACUAAACAAAUAUUCAAGUAAGCAUAUAAAUAUUUGGGAAUAUUUUAAUAAUAACUGUUAUAGUGGAUUUGAUGACAGUGAAAAAGGUUUUUAUAAUGUUUAUAAAAAUUUAUUUGAUGAAAUAAUAAAAGAAGAAAAUGAAGAGAUACAAAAGAAAUAUAAAAAUAAUAAAGAAAAAAUUAAUGCUCCAAGUUUUGGUAACUCUAAAUCCUCUGGAAAAGAUAUUGAUGCUUUUUAUGAAUUUUGGUCAAACUUUACGACAGUUAAAAAAUUUGAUUAUUCAUAUGAUUAUAUAAAAAGUUGUGAAUUUGAAAAUAGAAAUGUUAGAAGAACUUUAAAAAAAGUUAAUGAAAAAAGAAGUUUGAAAGAAAGAAAAGAAUAUAAUGAAAACAUAAGAUCACUUGUUCACCAUUUAAAAAAAUAUGACGUUCGUUAUUUAAAUAGAAUCGUUGAAAUAGCUGAAGAAAAAAGAAAAAAAAUUGAAGAGAGAGAAAAACAAAAGAAACUACAAAUGCUACAAAGAAAAAUUUUAUUUGAACAAAGUAAGAAAAGGGAAUAUUCAGAAAAUGGAGAAGAAUCAGAUAAUUAUUCUUUAAAUCAUCUUGAUAAGGAUUUUUCUGAUUCUACAAAUUAUAGCUCUAAGAUGAGAGCAAAUAAAAAAUAUACAAAAGAGACAGAAGAAGGGAAACAUAUAGAAAAAGAUGAUGAAGAUGAUAAAAAAAUAUAUGAAGAAGAAAAUUCUUUUAAUGAAGAAGGAAAAAGUAAAUAUUAUGAACAUACAUAUAAUAUAGGAAUUAAUGAUAACGUACAUAAUAAUGAUACAGAUAAAAAUAAUGUUUUAAAAAAAAUUAUAUAUAGAUGUGAAGUAUGCAAAAAGAAUUUUAAAAGCAUGAAUCAAUAUGAAUCACAUGAGAAAUCAAAAAAACAUGUAAGUAACUUUUUAAAAAAUUCCAAAAAAUAUGAUUUAAGAAGUAUUUUUGAGGAAGAAGAGAAUCAAAAAAAAGAAGUAUACUCUGAUAACAAAGUGGAAAAUAUGGAUAACAUUGAUAAUAAAAAAAAGGAAUUUUCUUUAUCUCAAUUUAAAAACAUAGAAAAAAUUAAUAAUGAUAUAUAUGAAAAAGUUGAUAAUAGUAGUGAUUUAUUAAAUGUUAAUAAUAAAAAAUUACAAUUAAAUGAAAAUCUUACAAAUGAAGAAAUAUUAGAAGAUUAUGACAAAUUAUUUCAAGAUAAAAAUACUAUGUGCGAUUAUAAAAACAAGAAUAAUAAGAGUGUAAAAAAAACUAUUGAUACAUUAACAUGUGAAAAUGAAAAAAAAGAAGAAAAAAAAGAAUAUGAAGAAAAAAAAAAAAACGAAAAAUCUAGUUUGAAAAAAAAUAAAAAUAAAGAUAAAUGUGGUAAAGAAAAUAUUUCAUGUAAUAUACAAAAUGAUGUUACUUCUGAAUCUUCAAAUAAUAAUGAAAAUUUGUUGUCAUGGUAUAGAAGUACAAAAAAAAAUAAAACCAAAUUUUUACAAAUAGAAAGUUCACUAGAAGAUAAUGAUUAUUUUCAAAAUAAUCAAAAUAUGAAUAAUUCUAAUGAUGAUAAUGACACUUCAGGAAAAAAAAAAAAAACAUUAAAAAAAAAUAAAAAAAAGGCAUUAAUAAAGAAUGAAAAUAAAACAAAUAAUAUUUUUGAAGAAAAUUCAGAUUGGAAACCAAAAGUUAAUCAUACUAAUAAAAUAAAAGAAAAUAUAAAAAAUAACCAAUGUAAAAUCUGUAAACAAACGUUUGAUUCAAGAAAUAAAUUGUUUCAUCAUAUAGAAAUAAAAGGUCAUGCUGCAUAUAAAAAUAAAUAA